AUGGCGCUUCACGAACCCUUCAGUCAGCUAUCGAGGGCUUUUGCCCGACGCUUAUCACCUUCGAUAUAUUCGCCUAUACCGUCUUUACGGCGCAAUGCUUCCACAGACUCGCCGACCUCUCCUCCUGCAACCGACCAAGCCGACCUGAGUGGUACAUCUUUUUUUGAGAAUUCCACGGUGGGCGAUGAGACAACCAAGAAGUUUGAUCCGAUUGCAAGAAGCAGAGCGAGGCGGCAACAAUUGCCUCGAAGUCGGUAUCAAUACCGCUCUCCCAAGUACGACAAAGGCCCUCUCCACCCCCACAGGCCGCCUCCAGAAUGGGAUCCUUCCUCCCGACUCUUUGUCCCUGGCCCGUUUACCAAUUCUCGCGUCGAGCAAACAUACGAAACGACCAUCGCCCCUGACAUUCUCACUCUCUGCUACGUCCACAACCCGCCCGGCUUCAAACCACCACCGAGAGCCGAACGGCUUCGAUCGUGGGACGACAGCUCUCCGUAUCAUAAGAACAGACCCCUACGUGGCCCGCGAGGCGGCGACGUCCUCCGCCUGCUCCGAAAACCGAUUUCGUUUAGAAAUAUCCCGAAACUUGAGAAGAUCACUGUCCAUAGCCACAUCAGCGACGCUGUCAAUGGUUCCGCCGCCUUGCAUGUUGGUGGAAUGGCCAUUCAAGCCAUUACCAACGUAAGAGUGGAAACUCACAAAGCGAAGACUAACGUGCCAACUUGGGGCGUUGUUGCUGGCAAGGCAUACGUCUCCGUCACCGCAGAGCUCCGUGGAGAAAACAUGUAUCACUUCUUCGGGAAGCUUGUGGAUAUCGUGAUGCCUAGAAUCAAAGAUUGGAAGGGUGUGAGAGGUAGCAGCGGUGACAGCAGCGGUAAUAUCACGCUUGGCUUGGAUCCACAUAUGGUUGCGCUGUUCCCUGAAAUUGAAGUCAACUACGACAUGUAUCCUCCAAAAAUGAUCCCAGGCUGCCACAUCACCAUCCAAACUAGUGCCCAGAUGGACAAAGACGCGAGAUUGUUACUAAAUGCCCUGGGCAUUCCCUUUUAUGGAAAAUAUGUCAAUUAA